AUGGCGGAAAUACGUGAGAUACCUUCCGGAACGUAUAAUUUGAAACUCGGCGAAUCAUUUCAGGAACGAGGUGAAAAGCCUGUUUAUCAUACUCUACGAUUUGAUUUCAAGCCAAAAUCGUUGGCUGGUGAAAAAGAAACAUUCAUAGUAUUUGGUGGAAAUGGUGAUGUACAGGUUGCAGUACCAGGUGAAGGAGAUGCUUUAACAGUAUUUAAAGGUGCACAAAAGCCAGUGAAAGGAGAAAAAGAAUGUUUACUGUUUUUCGAUCACUUAACCGGCGAAAUGAGAAUUGAAAAGCUUUCAUCCAUAAUGUCCGUGAAGAAAACAAGAGGUAAUGAAGAUAGUGCCUCUGUAAGAUUAAGAGCCGAAAUUGAACGAUUACGUAAAGAGAGCGGAAAAAAGUCAGGUGGUGAAAUGGAUGAUACCAAGAGUUCGAGCAGUUCCUCAACGGUUGCAUCAUCUGAAUCGGGUGAUUCCGAUUCAGAAUGUGAUAACGGGGAUACAAAGUCAGCAUCGGUGGUAUCAAAAAAUAUGCGCAGUAGCGAUGAUUCUAGAAGUAGGAGUAGUGAUACUGGCGAUGAUGACGAUUUACAAGAAGCGCUGGAGCAACAGCUACGUUCACAAUCAAUGCCCUCAAUUGAAGAAACAAAACAAAAACAAGUCAAAUCUUAUCCUCCACCACCGCUUCCGGUUAAUAGUAAUACGAAGAAAUUAUUGCAUGAUGAUUUGCAGCUAAGUGAAAGUUCGGAUGAAGAUUAGCGAUUUUUUCGUCAUUCGUAGAU